UCUGCUUCUUUGAUACCACGUGCAAAAUGAUUUUUUCUGUGGGUAGUGUGUUUGUAUAUGGUUCAAACUAAAAUUUUGCUGAGCACAAAAAUUGCCGGGAAGUUCUAUGGAUUUAAAUAUUAUAAUUAGAACGCAAGAUUUAAAAAACGAUCAUAUAACGGACUGUUUGCAUCGAGCUUAUGAUUUUGGAUACGAAUGUGUAGCGAUAAAUACAGUAAUAGACUCUUCUGUUUUAUCUGGAAAAAAUAUUACGAUUCCUGAGCCCAAGACUGUGACAUUUACUGCUGAAAACUGUCGUAAUUUUAAAAUUGUGAAUCGGCUGACUGCAAUUAUUGAAGAUGGCAUACAUGCUCAUCACUUAUUGAAGAGCCCUAUCCCGAAAAAGUAUGAUCUUCUAGCACUGCAACCGGUUAAUGAGAAAAUGUUGCAACAUAUUUGUUCAACGCUUGAUGUUGAUAUUAUUAGUUUAAAUUUAACAGAAGACAUGGGCUAUUCAUUGAAACGAACAUACAUAGGGCAAGCGAUCGAAAAAAGUAUGUCUUUCGAAAUUCAGUAUUCGCCGUGUUUGCGAGAUCAAACAUCAAAGAGACUGACUAUAAGCAAUUCUCAGCUUUUAGUACAUGUUUCAAAAAGCAAAAAUGUUAUUAUUUCUAGCGGUGCAACUAAACCACUAGAACUGAGAACUGUAGAAGAUGUUAUAAAUUUAGGUUAUUUGUUUGGUUUCAAAACAAACCAAGCAAAUUCUGCGGUGCGAAAAAAUGGCAAACUUGUUCUGGCUCACGCAAAUACAAGACGGAAAACAGGUUGUGGAUUUGUGUCUGUAAGCGGUAUAUGUAAAAUUCCGAAACAUCAAGGUUGGAUUAUUAAAGCCUGUAAGGUGCCAAACAUUUCAGAAACAACUAGCGGUAUCGAAACUGCUAAGAAACGAACCGCGGAAGAUAGUGUAGAUGAAGAGCUUAAAAAAAAAGCAAAGCUGUUGCCAUCUUGAUAUGUGAAAGUUUACUGUCUGUUAGUGUGUGAACAUCUUGAUUUAUGUAAAGUUAUUGUGAAAGUGUCAGUAUGAAUGAUUUGUAUAUAAUUACUAUAUUAGUAUAUGCUUAUGAUUUUAAAUUGUUAUAUGACAUGAUUUCGGCAUAAAAUGUAAUUAUUAUAACAA